AUGGACAAGGCACACGAAGCAUCAUCUGAGAAGAGCCAUGCAAUUUCGCAAGACGCCGCCCCUGCCUACGACGCCGCCGACACCUCCCACCCACCAACAUACGACUCACUUUCCUCUGCCGUUCACGGCGAAAUGUCCGCCCUAGCAGUCGGCGAUCCAUCCGAAACCAUAUCCGUCCCCAUGGUCUCGCGCAUGCACCACAAGUCCAUCCACGACAUGAACCCCUUCUCCCACAAGACAGGCAGAGUGACGCAAACCGUCACUGUGCGCAAAAUGACACGCGAGUUUUAUUUGAAGCAUUAUGUCAAGGAUGCAGAGGGCAACUUUGUUGGGACGGGCAGACAGGCUCCUGAUGGCGGGCUGGUAUUUGUGCCGGGCAAGAGUACACCGGAGGACUUGAUGAAGCAAGUGCAGCAGGUUGCAUUUGCGCGGCAGAAUAUUCGGGGCGAGGGGAUUGGACCGUAUGGAUCUCCUCAGGCACUGGGUGGAGCGGGUGGUUCCAUGAUUGGGGGAGCGAUGGGAGGAAGCAUGGGUAUGUGA